CCAACAGUAUGCGGCAGGAGACAGGUGGUUGAAUGAAGCCUCAACCACUAAACAUGCUGUGGAGUCUCUCUCUCUGCCCUUUAAUGGGAGUUGUGUUGCUAGCCAGAUGGUCAAUGCUGCAACAGUAAAUGUAGCGUUGAAAGGAGUGGCCACCCAGUCAUCACUGCAUGGGGAUGGCCAGGCUAACAAUGCCAUUGAUGGGAACAGAGAAUCAGACUAUUUCAAAGUACACUGCACCCACACUGAACAGGAGACCAACCCCUGGUGGAGAGUGGACCUGCUKRAUGUGUACAGAGUGACAGCUGUCACCAUCACCAACAGAGGAGACUGCUGUUCUGAGAGGCUKRAUGRUGCUGAGAUCCGCAUCGGUAACUCACUGGACGAAAACGGCAUCAACAACCCCAGAUGUGUUGUCAUCCCCAACAUCCCAGCAGGUGAGACCUACACCUUCCAGUGUAAUGAGAUGGAGGGUCGCUAUGUUGUUGUGGUCAUCCCUGGACAGAACAAAGUUCUCACUCUGUGUGAGUUGGAAGUAUAUGGCACUCCUGCAGACUCACCCACCACCACCACAAAUUCUACCACUACUCCAACACCUACUACUCCAACACUCAAUAAUCCAACACCCACUACUCCAACACCCACUGCUCCAACCUUAAUAUCGACAGCUCAACCAACAACAACCCAGCCUCCCACCAUUACUUUUCUCCCCUCUUCCCCAACAUCCCCCUCCUCCUCUCAAUCUCCCACCUCCACCAGUGCUUCUACCCUUCUCCCCUCCACUUCCACUCCACCUCCUCCUUCCACCAGUGUCACCUUCUUGAGGAGGAAGGUGAUGGUGGUGAGGGAGAAGCUGUGCUGGUCCGAUGCUCUGUUCUACUGCAGAGACCACUACUGGGACCUGGUCAGUGUUCGCAACGAGACAGAGCAGAGGGAGCUGGAGAAACUGGUGAAUGACAGUAACCUCAUCACCCCCCUCACCUCCCAUCUGUGGCUGAGCCUGCGCAGGUACAUCCUGGGAGACACGUGGUACUGGAUGACCGGAGACCAUAUGAACUACACCCACUGGGUGAACGGCGUCCCACCUAGGAAGGACAUCUCCAACCCCUGUGGAGCGUUGACCAACGGGGCCAACGAAGGGAACUUCCUCUGGGUGGAGCGGCUCUGUGAUGACCAUUACAACUUCCUCUGCUACUCAGGUCCUGAAGCAGGAGUCAACAGAGUGUAUUUCUACAGCAGCAGACGGCCAUAGUGAGGCGCUGUGGAGCUCCAGAGGCUGAUGUCCAAUCCCCUUGAUAUUUUCCUGUUGUAAAAUUAAUAUAUAUAUUCAGCUUUAUUAAAGAUACUUAGAGGUUGUCUGGCCAGGUAACUUUUACCGAGAGUAGCUGGUAGGAGAGAGUAUUUGAUGGCUCUUAACAAUGUGACCAUACAGGAUUUGGAUUCUGCCAUUCACUGAUUCUGUUGGAGGCUCUAGAACUUUCUAAUAGUAUUUUCCGGUUGUAAAAUUAUCACAUUUAGUUUAACAUUUUAUAACAUUGUGUGUGAUUUAAUAAAUGUUAUAGAUUAUGAGAGUAUUGUUACUUUAUACAAUCACGAUGCUGUCAAAGUGUGUUUUUAAAGAGUCGCUUGAACGCCCCGCACGUCACACGUGACGUCAUUUUGAAUAUUGAAUAGCCCCCUGUGUAUUUAUGCUAGCGACUUACCCACAGAUCAAUCCCCUCUUUAACGCCGACAUAAAGCUUGCACCUAUUCCAUAACAUUGGGCCUUUGAAAGCAGUGUUUUUCUACACAAGACAGGAUCCGGACAAGAAAGUCAGCACAAAAUGGUAUUUAAAACCCAAACCGUUUGAGCUAGCAACUCAUACGACUCCAUCAUCAAAAGAGGAGACUCUCACRACAUCCACAGUUUUUACGGCAGUUGUUGGAAACUUUCUGACGCCCAMGUCGUAAUUUCGAAGAUGUCUUCACACAAAAAUGUUUGAGCCACAAACUAAUAAGUCAUCAACAUCGACAGGUAAGACUUAUUUAGCAUUCACUUUUCACAAGGUUUAAAAGA